CCUAAGAUCUACCUACCAACCAAAGCAACCCCGACAAUUUUUUUUUUUUUUGUCUUUCUCUACUGAACAAAGCUUCAACUACGAAAGAGAGGCACAGAAAUGGAGGCGGCGGCUGCUCUCACUGUUCCCACUAUAGCUGGUUUCUCUUCGUCAUCGUCCACCUCCUUAUUUUCCGGCAACAGUGGGCUCUUUCUCCACCGCCGUGUCCACCUACCGAAGAACAAUAUCAGAGUCAAGUCACCGGCGACAUUCUCUAUUCGCGCCGCCGCUAGUGGCGGAGAUAAUGCUGUGACAUUGCUUGAUUACGGCGCCGGAAAUGUAAGGAGUUUGAGGAAUGCUAUUCGCCGCCUUGGUUUCGACAUCAAAGAUGUCCAAACGCCUGAUGAUAUUCUAAAAGCAAACCGUCUUAUAUUUCCUGGUGUCGGAGCAUUUGCUGCAGCAAUGAACUUUCUCAAUGAAAAAGGAAUGGCCGAGGCUCUAUGUGAUUACAUCAACAAUGAUCGCCCUUUUUUAGGCAUUUGUUUGGGACUCCAGCUGCUCUUUGAAUCUAGCGAAGAAAAUGGACCAGUGAAGGGUUUAGGUUUGAUACCCGGUGUUGUUGGACGCUUUGAUUCCAGUGAAGGAUUAAGAGUACCACAUAUUGGCUGGAAUUCCUUGCAAAUUGAGAAGGAUGCUGGAAUUUUGGAUGAUGUAGCAAGCCGUCAUGUCUACUUUGUUCAUUCUUAUCGUGCCAUGCCUUCAGAUAACAAUGAAGAGUGGGUGACUGCAACUUGCAACUAUGGAGACAAUUUCAUUGCGUCUGUAAGAAGAGGAAAUGUUAAUGCAGUUCAAUUUCACCCAGAGAAGAGUGGAGAUGUUGGUCUCUCUAUAUUAAGACGUUUCUUACACCCGAAGUCCUCCAUAUCAAAGAAGCCAGCUGAAGGAAAAGCAUCAAAAUUGGCAAAGAGGGUGAUUGCUUGUCUCGAUGUGAGGGCUAACGACAAAGGAGAUCUUGUUGUGACAAAAGGAGAUCAAUAUGAUGUUAGAGAACAGACAGAAGAAAAUGAGGUAAGAAAUCUUGGCAAACCCGUUGAACUUGCUGGGCAAUAUUAUGAAGAUGGAGCUGAUGAGAUCAGUUUUCUCAACAUCACAGGUUUUAGGGACUUUCCAUUGGGCGACUUGCCAAUGUUGCAGGUUCUGAGAUUUGCUUCAGAGAAUGUUUUUGUUCCAUUGACGGUGGGAGGUGGCAUAAGGGAUUUUACUGAUGCAAAUGGAAGGCACUACACUAGUUUGGAAGUUGCUUCAGAAUAUUUUAGGUCAGGUGCUGAUAAAAUUUCUAUCGGUAGUGACGCUGUUUAUGCUGCUGAAGAGUAUUUGCAAACUGGAGUAAAAAGUGGAAAGAGCAGCUUGGAACAGAUUUCUAGAGUUUAUGGCAAUCAGGCAGUUGUGGUAAGCAUUGAUCCUCGCCGAGUAUACAUAAAUACUCCUAAUGAUGUACCAUUCAAGUCUGUUAAGGUGACUAAUCUAGGCCCAAAUGGAGAAGCAUAUGCUUGGUAUCAGUGCACGGUCAACGGUGGGAGAGAAGGCCGUCCAAUUGGCGCGUAUGAGCUUGCAAAAGCUGUGCAGGAGCUAGGAGCUGGUGAAAUAUUACUUAACUGCAUAGAUUGUGAUGGUCAAGGAAAAGGAUUUGAUAUAGAUCUUGUAAAGCUCAUCUCCGAUGCUGUCAGCAUCCCUGUAAUUGCAAGUAGUGGGGCUGGUUCUCCUGAACACUUUUCAGAAGUUUUCAAGAAGACGAAUGCUUCUGCUGCACUUGCAGCUGGAAUAUUCCAUCGCAAGGAGGUACCUGUUCUAUCUGUGAAGGAGCACCUGUUAAAGGAAGGCAUUGAAGUCAGAAUGUGAAGGGGAAGCCAUUUGACAUGUGGAGUACCCGUGACUAAUUUCAAGGGAAAGUCCUCUAUUUUUUGGGAAGAAGUCAAACUGGAAGUUACGUAAUAGCGUUGUACGUUGUACUUAUAGUGGUCUUCUGUCCUGGUAUAAAUUGGUAAUCCUUUAUAAUCGAUCAACCAAAGGGGUCAGGAGUCUGUAUUCUGUAUUUUGCUGACGGUUAAGAAUAUUUCAUUUUUGCUGACGGUUAAGAAUAUUUCAUCAGAUUUUUCAUGUGCUACCCUGAAUCGGUUAGUUCACAGUUAUUUAGCAGGAAGUGUUGCCUUCACCGUACCAUUGUAUUCCCAUUGUAAUGCACAUGGUAGCCUUUUUCAUGAUUAUUUAGCAGGAAGUGUUUAACA